AUUUUAUCGUCAGUAAGAUGCCAUCUCGCUCUACAGAAAGUUAUGCUUCUUCAGAGGUAGCAAGAUUAGUAACUUUGGCGUAUGACCUUGGAGUCACAGGGCUCGGGGCCUGUGUGACACUCUGAAUUAACAGUAACAUAGAGAUGGUUUGAAUUGCUUAUAACACUUCUUUACAUCAUAUAACGUUUCUUCAACCAUUCUCCAGCAAAGAUGUCUGAGCAAUUAAUUCACGUAGCCGUGCAAAAUGGUCAGGGUAAGCUACAGCUAAAAGACACUGCGCAACUGCUUAAUGAACUACGCCAUCCGGAACUGCAAAAUGUGAGGGUCAGCACAGUGGGGAUUGUGGGCAAAUACCGCGAUGGAAAAUCUACUUUGCUUAAUGUGAUGCAUCGCUUCCUGCUGCAGCUUGUUGCCGGUGUAUUGGCUCCUUCAGUCUCCACGUACCUGUACGAAAGUGAAGAACAUGCAAACCGCUUUAUCACGUCCAACAAGGUCAAAGGCUGCACGCAGGGUAUCUGGAUAACCAAAAAACCCUAUCUGGUGCAAGGUCACGACGGGAUAAAGCAUGCCAUAUUUCUCCUGGAUACACAAGGUCUUUUCGAUACACAAGCCGAUCCACAGAUGGAUUCGUCGCUGUUCCUCCUUACCAGCAUGCUUAGCUCCGUAACGGUAUUCAAUGUGAUGCGGAACUUUGGACGCGACCAGAUUGACUUAUUAACGCAAUUCUCCAGGCUGGGAUCGAAAUUGCAGAGCUUACACCAGGCGUACAAGUGCUUCUCUGCUGCAGGCAGUGAAAAGGUAUUUCAAGAUUUAAUCAUACUUAUGCGCGAUACGCUGCGGGGAGAUUUCGUCCAUGGAUGGAAUGAUGGUGAUGCGUACUUAAAAUGUAACCUGAAGUCACCAAAGCACACCGACGCCCACGGCGAUGUCAUCAACGUUUAUUCGUCGGUGCGAGCCUUUCUUCUGCCAAUUAUCUCGGAUUCGGCUGAAAGUGAAGGGUUCCGUCUCUCGGAAAGCGCGGUUAAGACCGAUUUCAAAAAUACUGUGCCUUCGCUCUUGGAUACGAUUUUUCUGAAAUGGCGGCGCCGAUUUCAGUAUAAGCGACGUGAACUGACAUGCUCCGAACUGGCUGACCACCUUGAACAUGUUUUCGGCUUGUUCAGAAGCGGUAGUGUACCGCAGGCAAAAGGUAUUCUGCAGGUAAUGGAGCAAUACGAAGUCGAGAAGGCCGAAAGGGAGGCGCACAAACAUUAUAGUGAAAAAAUUCGUUCGUUAACAGGCGGCAAAAUUAUUGAAGAACCUUUCCUGCUGGCCAUGCACCAGCUGAUUAAAGACGAAAGCCAAACCAUCUUUAUGUCGCAGUUCAGUUCUUUACUGCGCAAGAAACCGCGAACUGCUGCCACCCAAGAUCACCUCGCCAAAAACAUCGAGGAGGAGUUCCGAAUUAUUCUUGGUAAUCAGCGUGCCCAAGCUGAACAGGAGAAACGGCAUCAGGCGGAAGUUAAACAACGCACGGACCAAAUCGAGCAACUCCAACAGCAGCAACAGCAAGCGCAGGCGCGCCACGAUAAGCACCUCGCUGACCUAAAAGAUCGUCUGGAGGCGGCAAAGCAUGCCAGUGCACAAGAGCGGCAGAAUAUGGUGGAGGAGAUGCGACGCCGUGAGAGAAUGUGGGAGGCUGAGCAGCGGCAGAUGCAGCAAGAACAGCGCAAGCUGCACGAUACGUUACAUGACAUGCGUCAACAAAUAGAGCACGAGCGGAGGGAGCGUGAGCGGGAAGCGGAACGAAAUGAGAUGCGACAGCUAGCGCAAGCUGGGGUGCAAGUGCUUGCUUCAUUAGUUGGCAGACUCUAAUGAUGGGAAGACGGCUCAGAAAGGGAAACGGUUGGCCGAAAAACAUAAUAUUUCGUUCUUCGUUACGGAAACAGUACACAAUCCAUAAUCAACAGCUUGUUAAAUCAAGAUUUUGAUCAUGUUUAUGAGAUUAAUUUAUAAAUUUUCUGCCUAUGUAAUAAUUAUAUUACGAUAAAACAAUACUUUUUUCUGCGCAAUGUGAUUAUUCUGUGCUAGCACAAUAAAACUUCCACAUCAG